AUGGCCGCUUUCCAACACUACGCUAAGGCCCAAUCAACCUUCCAGAUCCCCCUCCUCGCGGAUGUCUUCUCAAGCGACGAGUCGAACCCGGAGAAGCCCAUCUCAUCCGGCCUCUUCCGCCUGAAGAAGGGCGAACCCCUCACAUACACCUACAAAUACGACGAGAUGAAGAUCAUUCUUGAGGGUGAUUACACAAUCUCCGAUGAGACCGGCCAGAAGGUCGAGGCAAAGCCUGGCGAUGUCUUCCACUUUCCUAAGGGCUCAACGAUUACUUUCACUACCAGUGACUACGGUCUGGCGUUCUAUGUUGGCCAACGCAAGAAGAGCGACUUCUGA